AUAAUUUUUUUUAAUGUUCGAACGUUUGAUUUAAUGAUUUGGAAUAUAUUUUUUCUUGCGGAUUAAUAUCCAGAAGCAGUUUCUUAGUACGUCUAGAACUAUUAGCAUGGAUGAGAACUGAAAUGAAGCAGAUAAAAUAAAUUUGAGCUGCCUCCAAAGAACAAGGCUAUUGGAGGAUUUGCUUUUGAAAGAAACCUUCAAAAAUAUUAAAAGCAUGUUCAGUUCUUCAACACCAAUGUCUAGUUUUGUUUCCUUUGUCAAACAAAAAGUUUUGUUUUUCAUCAUAUCAUGUAUAUGCAUGAAGUACAUAGAGAUACAUACAUACAUAAUUACGCAUAGAAGAUACAUGGAGAGAGUUUUGACUUUGGAUGUAAGAAAUUAAAAUUGGUUACUUUCAGGAUGAUAACAUGAUAUUCACGUAUACAUUCAUAUAUAUAUAUAUAUAUAUAUAUAUAUAUUUACUGAACUACCGUGGAGAAGAGACUGAUUCAAUGAGAUACUUUUUUCUUAAAACCUCUUUUACCCCAACUCCAGUCUUCAGGCUCUGCAAGUUUGCUCAACAGUCAAUACCAGGAGGAUCCUUGGAGGUUGCAGUUCUGGUUUGAUGUCGAUGGACAACACUUCCUUUUCUAGUCCUAUUGAAUCCUUGGUGGCAGAUAUUUCAGCAAUCACAGAAUCAGUAGAAUGUAUAGAAGCAGAGCAGGAAAAUUUUAUUGAAGUGGGAUGCUACCUUUAUCGAGUUUUUCCAGUCAUAAUGGAGCUGAAGUACACUGAGAACCCCCCAAAAAAUGCAAAAGAGAUUCUACAGUCUCUUUCCCAGAAUGUCAAGCUGGUAAAAAAUCUUGUGGGGAAAUGCCAUAAAGAGAACCUUCCAGUCACAGAUACUAAACUGGGAAGCAUCAUAGCCCAGCUAGAAUGUGUGGUAAAAGAAAUAGGUGAAUGUUUGUGUUUGAUACCAUCUGCAACAUUUGGGGGUGAGGAAUAUGCAGAAACUGCAGUCCGGGCUCUUUCUGAUGAAAUGCAGGAAGUCCACUUUGAAGUUAAGCAACCCCAAGUACUACAAACCAAAGAGCUAGAACCACAGAUGUCUUUUGCAUCAGAACAACCUAAAAAAUUGCAAAUGCCAAUCGAAAGUUCUCAAAUGCCACAAGAAUCAGAUCUGUACCCUGUCGAUGACCAAGUCUCUGUCUCCACAGAAAGUUCUCAAAUUUUGAGCACGCCACACCUAGUUGAUUUCCUUAAUAUUUCAAGUCAGAGAAGCCAAUGGCACCGUGAGGACAUAAACAAAUCCUUGACAACAUUGCCACAGGUGGCUCACUAUAUUGAACCUCUGUACGACACUUUCUUCUGUCCAUUAACUAAGCAUAUUAUGAAUGAUCCAGUUACCAUUGAAAGUGGAGUGACCUAUGAGAGGAAGGCGAUAACGGAGUGGUUCGAAACGUUCAGUCAUCUAGAGGAUGUAAUCUGUCCCACCACAGGGAUGAAGCUAACAAGUACAGUUUUAAGCACCAAUGUUGCUCUAAAGACCACGAUACAGCAAUGGAAGGAUAGGAAUGAGGUUGCAAGGAUCAAGGUUGCCCGUUCCGCGUUAACUUUGGCUAGUUCGGAGAGUAUGAUACUAGAGGCAAUAAGAGAUCUGCAACAUAUCUGCAAAAGGAGACGGUAUAAUAAAGUAAAAGUACUUGGUGUUGGAAUUGCGCCAUUGCUUAUUAAGUUACUUGGAUAUGAAAACAAAGAUGUUAGAUGUGGGGCUUUGGAACUAUUACGCCAAUUGGCUGAAGAAGAUGAUGAAGGAAAGGAAAUGAUUGCCAAUAUAAUGGAUAUAUCAACAUUAAUUAAGUUGCUAACAAGCAGCCACCAGCCAAUUCGGCAUGCAUCAUUGCUUUUCUUACUUGAGCUUUCAAGAUCUCAAGCUUUGGGUGAAAAAAUUGGGUCAGCUGCUGGAGCAAUCUUGAUGCUGAUCAGAGUUAAAAACAAUCGCCAUGUUGAUUCCUUUGCUUCAGAAAAAGCAGAAGAAAUUUUAAAGAACCUGGAGAGAUAUCCAGAUAACAUAAAGCGGAUGGCAGAGUAUGGAUUCUUGGAACCUCUUUUAAAUCAUCUAACAGAAGGUUCCGAGGAGGUGCAGAUGGAAAUGGCAAGCUACUUGGGGGAAAUCAUUCUUAGUAAUGACAGCAAAACCUAUGUGGCUGAGAGGGCUUCUUCUAGUCUCAUUAAAAUGGUGCAUAGUGGAAACACCAUUUUCAGAAAGGCAGCAUUUAAGGCUCUAGCACAAAUCUCAUCUUACCAUCCAAAUGGCAAGAUACUUGUAGAAGCUGGUAUUGUCCACAUUAUGGCUGAAGAGAUUUUCACUCGUAGGAUAUAUGAUGAACCAAUGAACUCAAAGAAAGAAGCUGCUGCAAUACUUGCAAAUAUUCUUGAGUCUGGUGUUGAGCAUGACAGCAUCCAAGUAAAUACUCAUGGCCACAGGCUAAGCUCAGAUUAUGUUGUCCAGAACAUUAUCUACAUGCUUAAGAAUUCAACUCCAGAUGAGUUCACCAUCAAUCUCAUCAGAAUUCUCUUAUGCCUGACAAAGUCACCCAAGUCAAUGGCAACAAUUAUCUCAGUUGUGAACGAGACUGAAGCAAGCUACACCCUCAUUGAACUCAUCAAUAACCCAAAUGAACAACUUGGGGUUGCAGCAAUCAAGCUGCUCAUUUCCCUUGCACCCCAUGUUGCUAACACACUAGCAGAGAGGCUCUGCAAAACCAGGGGGCUACCUGAGAGUUUAAUUGAGAGCCCUACUGAAACUAACCAUAUCACAGAGAAGCAUGCAGUUUCUGCAAAAUUCCUGGCAAAACUCCCCCAACAGAACCUAACACUCAACCUUGCUCUUCUGAACAAAAAUGUUGUCACCACAAUCCUUCGGAAAAUCUUUCUAUUCCAAAUAAGUGGAACAAGAACUAGCAGGCAUGCAACUGUUUACUUAGAGGGCCUUGUAGGAAUUCUUGUUAGAUUCACAACUACACUGUAUGAACCACAAAUCUUGUCCCUAGCAAGAACUCACAACCUCACGUCAGUGUUCACAGAACUUCUCAUGAAGACAUCUAGUGAUGAAGUUCAAAGACUGUCAGCAACUGGACUGGAGAAUCUCUCAUUAGAGUCGAUAAAUCUAUCACGGCCACCACAAAUUAAGAAAACCAAGUUUAUGAAAUUGUUCCACCUACCGAAGUUCCUAUCUUCCAGUUCAUCAAAAAGGAGAAAGAUACCAGUACUAUGUCCAGUUCAUAGAGGUGCUUGUUCUUCAGAAAGCACAUUUUGUUUGAUAGAUGCUAAGUCUGUAGAAAGGUUGUUAGCAUGUCUGGAUCAUGAGAAUGGUGAGGUAGUUGAAGCUUCAUUGGCGGCUAUAUGUACUUUGUUGGAUGACAAGGUUGAUGUGGAAAAGAGUGUGAGCUUGUUGAGUGAAGUAAAUGCUAUUCAACAUAUCUUGAAUGUAGUGAAAGAGCACAGACAAGAGGGCCUGCGGCAUAAAUCAUUUUGGAUGAUAGAAAAAUUCCUAGUGAAAGGUGGAAAUAAGUCAGUUUCAGAUAUAUCACAGGAUAGGUUGCUGCCUGCCUCAUUGAUUAGUGCUUUUCAUCAUGGGGAUGGUAGUACAAGGCAGAUGGCUGAGAAUAUUUUAAGACACUUAAACAGGAUGCCAAGUCCAUCAACUACUUAUUAUACCAUGUAAAAAGACGCUCGAAUUUCACUCCAGUUUUCGGGUCAAAGAUAUUCCACUGUAAGACCAAGUACGUUCCCAUUAUUCUAAUAGCAGUAAUUCUAAGUUGUGAUGGAAAGAACAAAAUAAAAACUUAUUUUAUGUUACCAUUACCAUUUCUUUCUACCCCCAGGAGUUCUUUCUGUGCCUUUGGUUUGACUUUGGAGAAGAUUUAAAGUGGUCUCAGGCAGAAGAAAAAUGUGGCAUGCGGCAUUGCCUGCCCCUACGCUGCCUAUAUUGAGCAGUCGAAUCCCAUAUUUUUUUACACCUUAUAAACAUACCCUACCAAAUUGUCUGCACUACAUAUGUUAUCUUAUUUGCUGGCAGAGACGACAGACCUACUUGCUGUAACCAGAGGUCCCCGAAGUACUGAUUAUCCCUGGGUACAUGAACUAAAGAAAUCAAUAAGGCUUCAGCAGAGAAAAGGUUUUACUUGUUUGUGAAUUUUCAAGAGACAUUAGCCUCGGCAUUGGCCUGCAGGAAUUGGCUGGCAGUCUGCUAAAUACAGUUGCUGACAUAAUAAAUGUUCUUUUCAACGUCCAAAGCAUCUCCACCUUCCCAUCAUCUUUUAUUUUUCAAGUCAAUCCCUGUUUUCCCUCAAUCUCUGUUGACAUCAUUUGACCGUCUCCAAGCAAUAAUUAUAGUGCAUAUCGACUCUCUAGCA